AUGGAGUCGCGGAGAGAACAGAGGGGUAAAACCCAUCCUGUGGAGGGGGUGAAUUUUAAAAGGCAGAAAUUAAGUGAUGGGGAAGAUUUCUGGGCUUCUGCGACUCUGUGCCAAGCUUCGGACAACACCCCCACUGGGGGAUGUUUACGCAAAAAUGGCAAUUCCAAGGGGAGUAGGCACUCCAGUGCAAGCACAGAAAGUGAGGGCUCCUCUCGAAGGAAGCAAAGAGACCUGCGGAACGACGCGGUGAAAACCGAAAUGGAAGCCACCACUUCCGGGAGCACCAAAAAGAUGGUGAGCACCACACCGGGGAGGGACCACCCCACUGAUUAUCGAAGCGGUUACCCCAGCAGUGCGCACACAUUUGAGCAGGGAGGGGACGUGGGGAGGGCAAACAGCGCGGGCAGCUCCGAACCCCCCACCAUGCGCAACCAUGUCAGCGACACGUACAAGGUCCUCAUCAACAUCUGCUUGAACGAAAUUAAAAAAAGUGCCAACGCAGAUGAUGUGGACGAUGUGUAUAGGGUCCUCAAAAAUAAGGACCUCAUAUUUGACGAUGAUAAAAUGGGUGGCAACGAAUUUGAGAGGAGGAAGGAACGGCUUCCCCGUGGGAGCAGCUCCUCCAGUGGGUCACGGACUUCACCCCCAACUGAGGAAAAACAUUGGGACAACCCCGAAUGGGUUGAUAGGGGUGAGAGAGCGCCCCCCUGCCGAGUAAACACCAAGAGGAACAAACGGAGCAGCAGCUCCAUUAGAAGCAGGAGCGGGGGAAGUGGCGCGAUGGAGAGCCGCCAUGGGGAAGGCGCAAAGGGGAACGGCCACCAAUGGAGUGAUGACGAACAGGAGGGUGGCAGCUCCCCGCAAGGGUCAUCCACCGGGGUGCACCACGGAAGGGGAGAAGUGGAGAAGGGUGUCAAAUAUGACCAGUCGGGCUGCCAACAUGUUGGAGAGCUGGGCGAUGGGUCCCCGCACAUCGGGGGAGGGAGAGAGAGGCCCCACUCGUCAGGGGAGGAAGGGGGCGCAGCGCGCCUCGCCAGGAAGAAGCUGAAAAUGGAGAUGGAGGGAAGUAUCGGCGAAGGGAGGGUCGACCAGCGAAGCGACCAACGGAGCGACGAACGAAGCGAACGCCGCUGCGAAAGUAGAAAUGACCAACGAAGCGAACGCCGCCAUGCAGGGGCGGCCCUCGCCAGGGUCGCCCCCCCGCGGGAGAAGAUCGAAGCGGACAUGUAUAACAUCUUCAAAGGGGUAAUCAACAUGCUGACGUGCAAGUACCCGGAGCACAACAUAAAGGAGUUCUUCUUCAGCAGCCAGGACAGACUCAAAGAGGAAUACGAAAGCAACAAAAGCAAGUCCAUUCAAAUAACGAGGUACGAGCCCAACCGGUGCAACAAUAUCUUCACCAAAAUUAAGCAAGAGCUCUUCUACGUCACCAAAAAUACAAAACUGAGGAAUCAUAUAAGCAACACAAGAUACAUGUACGAUGUGUAUAACUACUGUGUGAAGAAUAUAAAGAGGAACAUAACCAUCCUGUCUCAUUUCAUCCCCAAUAAGAAGGACUUCAAAUUUAUAACAAAAAUGAGAUUUAAUAAUAGCUGCGAAAAUGUAGUGACUUCUGGAAAGGAUGGCCACUUGAAAAUCUUUCAUGCCAUCACGGGGAAUUUAAUCCUCUGCAUUAAGGCUCACCGGAAUGCCAUCACCGAUUUUGAUGUCCACCGAUCGGACAAGUACAUCCUCUCCUGUGACGAAAAGGGGGUUGUUAAAUUUUGGCUAGUCGAUAAGCACAUUUAUAAAACUCUCUUCACCUAUAGGAGAACGUUUCUAAUGAAGACGGUUCAGUUUUUUUACCAUGAAAAGGGGAGCAGCCAAAAUGGAAAUGAUACUUACAAAACGUAUGCCAUCUGCUCCACCAACUCCUACUUCUUCAUCAUCAUGUUUGACGAUUUGAGCAAUGAUUCCCAUUUGAUGUACUCCCUAGAUAUGAACCUUGGAGAGGUGAAAUUUUUUCCUUACAUUAAUUUUUCCUAUUCCCUAAGUUAUAACGUCUCCCCCUACAUUUAUAACACCUUGCUGAUGUCCAAGGGACCCAUCAGGGGAUUGAAGAGUGCCUACCUCAUGUUCAUCAACACGUCGAAUCAGUGCAUCGACAGAUUUUCCGAAAAGAACGAUUUUGCAAACACCGCCAAUUACAAGAGCAGGAAAAAGAAGCUCAUGUUUUUGCUUCUAACAUCGAAGCCUUACUACGAUGAUGAGGAGCGAACGGACGACUUGCUGAGCAUCACCCCCAACGAUGUGGCCAUCAUCAAAUAUGUCAACAAAAUUGACGAGCGUAAAUAUGGCAGCACUCACACGGAUGACGUUAUUGAACUCACCUACAAAGGGGAGAAGAAAAAACAAAAAAUGAGCGAUGAAGAUCUUUCCUACGCAAAAAUUUUCCAAUGCUUUGAGAUAAACAUUUUGCAAGACAAUGCUAAGAAGGAAAUCGGCUUCUCCCUCUUCAAACGGUUUGAAGAUUUCAACGAGGAAAUUCUCCUCUUCGCCUUUUCCAACCGGUCCGCUGACUUCCUCACUGUGCAGUUUAGCGGCUCUGUAUUUUUGUGGCACUUCCAGAGCUACAUCGACGAGAUGGCCCGCACCAAGUUCAGGAGGAGCCGUACCCACAGCAGAAGCAUCAACAGUGGUGCACGUGGCAAAGUCAACGUUUGCUGCUUCUACACCUCCCUCUACGUUGAAUUCUUUUUGGAGUCCCUCGCCCUCAACGAGAGCAACAAGGCCAAAGGGGGGAAAAACGACUUGGGAGGCUGCCCUGCCCGGGGAGACGACACACGGAAGACGAGCGAUAGGAGAGAUCCCAGGGGGAAUGAAAACAACAAUGCUGCGAACGACGUGAAUGACGAAAAUGAGUACGACAAUCUGUUCGUCAUAUCGUCUACGUCCUGCUCCUCUUACUGCUACUCCUCCAGUGGGAAGGAAUACGUGCCAAGGGUCAACCGGGAGAAGGAGCUCAAGAGGAAGCGGCUCCUCAGGGUGCAGCGGGGGGUCAACUCUGGCGGAGGGGCCCCCGACGAGCAGGACAAGUUGGGAGGGGUCAGCGUGGUCGGCGGCGUGGUCAGCGGCGCGGACGCGGGGGAGGCGAACAACGGCAGCGUCAUCAUGGAGAGCAUCAUCCACAGCAGCGGCAGCGCAAAUGGGAAUAACAGCCUCGACGCGAACGGGGGGGCCCCCAACAGGGUUGCGGCGAAUAGGAUUGCCGCUAACAGGAUUGCCUCCAACCGGCUGACCGCUAAUCGGCUCACCGCUAACCGCCUCACCGCCAACCAGGCCCCCGAGCGAACCGGCGCCCAGUGCGUGUACAACGAGAAGGCGAGCAACAAGCCCAAAAUGAGAGCCAAAAAAUUAAACUACAAAAUCAGCAACGUGUCGUUCAACGCGUCCGACGAAUACCUAAUCGUGGCCGACGGAAUUACCAACAAGUCAAAUGCGUCGAAAGAAGACACCUUUGCAGUCACCAUGAAAACAAACCUGUCUAUCUUCUGCCUGAGGACCUACGAAGAAGUCAAAAAUUUUGAUUUAAAGAAAUGCAACAGCUAUGUGAGCUUCAUCAAGCCGAAUCCCUUUUUCACAGACGUAAUUCUCUUUGCCUGUUAUAGGAAAUACAUAUAUCUUCUAAACGCUCAGAAGAAAAAGAUAAUAAAGAAGUAUUCCUACGACAGUGAAUUAAAAAAUUUAAGUGCGGAGUGGAGUCAAAACGGUUACCUCUUCAUCGUCUCCCACAAUUAUGGCUACUUCUCCAUUUUCACUCUCAAUAGAAACGCCUCCUACAAGUUGACCCUAUCCGAUCAAAUUACUUCUUGCCAAAUUUGCUCCUUCAACGAACCCGCCAUUAACGAAUCGACGGACAAUUAUGAAAACAUGAAUUCCUUGCCCGAUGUGUUUAUGUACGAUUCGUUUGAGGCCAACAAUGCGGAGGAGGCCGUGGACGUCGUGCGGUUUAGCAGUGGUGGUGUGGGAGCAACAGCGGUAGCAACGGCAGCGGGGGUUACUGCCCCCAGGGGGUUCCUUUUCGGGGAGAGUAUAAACACUUCAUCUAGUUUCAACACCGGCGUGGAGGUCGCAGGGGCGGGCGGCAGCUUUGGCAACAAUUGGGGCGGGGCCACCAUCAUUGGUGCAGCAGCGAGGAAUGGCGCCGCCUCUCGGAAUGUCACCGCCUCCCGGAAUGGUGCCGCUCCCCGGAAUGACGCCGCUCCCCGGAAUGACGCCUCUCCCCGAAAUGACGCCCCUCCCCGCAAAGGGAGGAGAGCCACCCGCAGGAGCAACCGAAUUAUAGAGGACAGCUCGGAGCUCUCCUGCUCGGCCAACUCGAUCUACACCCUCUACACAGAUAGCAACUCGAAGAACUCCAAAAUUUCGGUGCAGGACGGGGGGGAAGCGAAAGAUACAAAGAAAAAAAAGAAAAAGAAAAAAAAAAACACAGGUGCAUCCGAUGACGGGAGCGACAAGAGCCCCAACGAUGAAGUGAAAAUCAUCGACAAAGGCACCUUCCAGGGGAGGGAGGACAAACACGUCAUCAACUUGGAGAACAUACCCUCAAAGAGCGACGAAGUUAUUAACGUGGAGGAUAUGCACCGAGAGUGCAUUAAGAAUAGUGCCAACCGAAAGAAGGAGGUCAUCAACCUUGAUAGCGUCCUGAGUGACAACUACGGCUGCGGGUUUAGGAGUAAAAGGACGGCAAGGAACCGAUCCGCCGCGCAGAAUGUGGGAACCAGGUCAAGUGCAGCCAACGCGGGAGACGCGCCUACGCGGAAGAGGCUUCACAUAGCUGGGAGGGACGGUGCGGAACAUUUGAGCAGUCAUUCCGAUGGGCAGUCAAGCGGGCGGGAAAGUUCCAACGGCGAACACACCUACCGCUAUAGGAAGAACCCAUUCCUGCCCAUGAGAAAGCGAAGCACAAAUGUGCCGCCCUCCGAUUUUAAGGCAAAAAAGGACAAUCGUGAUGAGUAUGAAUGUUUGCUAACUGCAGGGAACCACCCAAGGGAAGGAAUACACUACCCCUACGACAUACACAUUAACAAAUUAAAAGAAUUCUUCAGUGGAGAUAAGCGAAAGGAAAGAGAAGAGGUGGUGAAAAGGGAUCGAUACAUGAGUGACUGGGAUACAGAUUUUGAAAAAUGUAGCUCCAUUCAUUUUUUUAGUGACAAUUCAAAUUAUGGGAACUAUUCGGAUGAUCUGUUUAGCGACUCACCUAAAGGGAGCAAGCUGGGUUCUCUCCAAAGGGGAAAUCACAGGCCAUUCGAAUCGGACCUACAUGGGCAGAUGAAGCAUGUGAGGGGGGGUGGCCGCCCAGGUGAUCGCUUCGAUGCGGCGGCGCGGAAGGGCAGGCGGAGGCCGCGUUAUCCAGGCCGCGCGUGGGCAGCGAAGCGGGGCGACAGCAGUAUCGCCGGCAGCAGCACGGGUAGUAGCGCGGAUAGCAGCGAGCAUAGCAGCGAGGAGGACAAUGGCGAUUACGAUGACGGCGGAUGGCGAGACGAAACUGGCAGAGGCGCCCGCCGAAGGAACAAACCCAAAAAGGAAGCAGACAACCCCUGCCUGGUAAACUUCUCCAACGCAAACAUUCUGGUAGACAAGAAAUUUAAAAUGUACGAGGAGCAGCUGCAGCCGGUCCUCCCCAAAUUUUCGAGCUUCAAUUGCAGUAGAAGCUACCUAGGCAAAAUUAGCACCUCCCCGGUGGACCCCAUAUGCGUUCAGCUCAACUACUUCACCCAAGUGUGCCGCAGGUUGAAGGGGGAGAGCGCCAUCAAUCUGAAGGCCCUCCUGACGUUUGACGUUCUGUACAAGGCGUUCAUAAAUUACCGGGGGGGUGGCGGCCCCAUGACGGUUGGUUCUAUAAAUCCCGGUCAUCACAACACGUGCGGUGGUGCCCCCACUUGGAAUCACAGCAGACGGUUCAACCACAGAGGGGCGAGCGAAGCCCAGGGAAGUGCCCUCGCAGAGGGGAGGGGAGAACAUCGAAGCAGCUCAGUUAGUGAUGGACACCAUUGCGGUGUCAGUGUGGAAGAGCACCUCAGCCAGCAAGCUGGCGGCAGCAAGCAGCCCUUCCAGGUGGUGAACAACAGGGGGGAGGAGGAGCCCCUGCUGCCCAGGGUGCCCGUCCACAGGAAGAAUGAGAAGAGCGAGGCCUUCCUCCGCCUCCUGCGGGGCUGCGCGCGCGGAAUCGGCGGGGUUGGCGUGGUUAGCGGCGAAAUGGGUAGUGCAGUCGGCGGUGGAUGGAGCGGGGAGGAGCCCCCCCUCGGCGCAGCGCUGACCAGGUGCAUAGAAACGUUCAAGCGGAAAAGCAACCGCGCGGACAAGUACAAGCGCUGCUACGUGAACGCUGUGCGAGUAGGCCGGUCGUACAAACGAUUCAUAAAUGUGAGUCCAAUCUGUGACGGUAGCAGCUGUGACGGUAGCAGCGUCCUAACAUGGGGAAGCAGAGGAGGGAAGAGGACCCCCGAGAGGAACCCCUUUAGACAACAAAUGGACGAAAUGAGCCACUCACUGCUGUAUCAAAUUUUGAAAAGGUUCCCUUGUAGGGAAGAAGAAGACAUUGACAGUUUUAUGUAUUAUAAAAAGAGGGCCUACUCGGAAAAAAGCCUCAAAGAGGUUCUUCAAGGAUACUUGAGGCACUACACGAACGUGGACGCACAGAUGAGGCAGUUCGACCAUAGGCUGUUCAUCUACACGAAUAGCAACCGAAUGCUCUUUAUGAAUGCACACACGAUGAAACUGCUUAACGUUUUAGAAGAGAACUACUGCAAAAGUUUAAUUAGAGAAAGUUUCAACCUAAUGAAUAACUGUCAGCUGAAGGGAAGGAACUGCAUAAUUAAAAGCAUCGAUGGGUUCAACACCUGUAGCUUCCUGAACCCGUAUUCCUUGUAUCUAAGGUCCACUGGAAAUUAUGACUUUCUGAAUUCAAGAACGGUUCAAAAUUCGCUACUCUCCAGCUACGCUAGGUACAAUGAAUUGUUUGCAAUGUUUAGAGGCAACAUGCAGGUGAACACCCCGGGGAGUGCAGUCGGCGCACGGAACGGUGCCAAUAUGACUAACGCCGCAAACAUGGCUAACGCCGCUAACAUGGCCAGCAUGGCCAACGUGCCCAACGCGAACAGCACCAUCAACGUCACCAACUUUUUGAUGAACUACGAAAAUGUGCUGAGCUCCGGAAGGAACACAGACAUUGCCGUGAUAAGCGAGCACUCCUCCGUUUUUACAAGCGACCAGUCAGCCAACUUUUUCACUGAGGAUGAAGAAGACGAUGAUGAUGAUGACGACGAUGAUGAUUAUGCUCACGACGAUUAUGACUUUGGCUACAACCACGCAUCCAGCUCCUAUUCGAGAAGGAACAAUAGGAGGAACAGACGCAGGGGCACUACCAGAGCUCCCAAGAGAACCACCAGCAGUAGACGCAGGACCAACGCACGCAAUAAUAACGCCACCCCCAGAAGGACCUCCGCCAGGAAUAAAAAAAACAAUGAAAAGAAAAAUUACAAUUGUGAUGAGGUCGUCCACGUCAAUGUUCGGAAAAGCGACCGUCUACGCAAUAAGGAAAUGAGCAGGCGGGAGAACAACCACGGGGCAGCCACCCUCAACCAGGGGGAGGACUUCCUCAACAACGGCAGCAGCAGCAGGCACCUCAGGAACGGCUCGUCAAACUACUCCAGGAGCCGCUACAACACCAGGUCCUCCAACAUGAACAACCGGGACUUCAUCUGA